ACGAUGGCGGCUGCGGGCGGCAGCGGUGAAGAUGCGUUUCAAAGCUUCUACACUGAAGUGAAGCAGAUUGAGAAGAGAGACUCGGUUUUAACCUCUAAACAGCAGAUUGACAGAUUACUGCGACCUGGAGCUUCAUACUUUAAUCUCAACCCGUUUGAGGUGCUUCAGAUAGACCCAGAGGCCACAGAUGAGGAGCUGAAGAAACGCUUCCGACAGUUGUCGAUACUCGUCCAUCCAGACAAGAAUCAGGAUGAUGUGGAUCGAGCUCAGCUGGCGUUUGAAGCGGUUGAUAAGGCCUAUAAGCUGCUGCUAGAGCCGGACCAGAAGAAGAAAGCAUUAGACGUCAUUCACGCUGGGAAAGAGUAUGUGGAGCACAUGAUGACUCAGAAGAAGAAACAGCUGAAGAAGGAUGGGAAGUCCACUGACGUGGAGGAAGAUGACCCAGAAAUGUUCAGACAGGCGGUUUAUAAACAGACCAUGAAACUCUUCGCUGAGCUGGAGAUCAAGAGGAAAGAGCGAGACGCUAAAGACAUGCAUGAACGGAAACGACAGAGAGAAGAAGAGAUCGAGACGCACGAGAAAGCCAAACGAGAGCGAGAGUGGCAGAAGAACUUUGAGGAAACACGUGACGGCCGUGUGGACAGCUGGAGGCACUUCCAGGCCAAAGGGAAGAAGAAAGAGAAGAAGAACCGAUCGUUCCUGAAACCCCCGAAGGUCAAGAUGGAGCAGCGAGAGUGAGAGGAAGUGUUCAGGGCUGUUCUCAUAUUGAUGAAUUCACUUGGACAUGUUAUAAUGUUGUUUCUGUUCUGCAAAUAAAUGUUUGUUUGUAGAUGUUUUGUGUUGCUAGUUUUUAUAUGGUCAAGCAAUUAAAGAUUGUUCUUGAUUUUAUGAGUCUCUUGAUGAAUCCUUUACAGAUCCGUGACAUAAACCCGUUUAGAUCAUCACACUGUCCCGUACGUGAUCACGCAAGUGUUUUUGGGGUUUUGGAAUUAGAGUUAUUAUGACUAAUUAACCUCUAUUAAUUUCAUCAUCGCAGAAGUUUCAAUCACUAUCUGAGACAGUCCAACAAUUUCCCCCUUUGCCUCUCCAGUUUGCAAUUCCCAGUGCGCUCCAAGUCCUCGUGCUGGCGUAGUGACACGCCUCAAUCUGGGUGGUGGAGGACGAAUCUCAGUUGCCUCUGCGUUGGAGACCGUCAAUCCGCGCAUCUUAUCACAUGACUUGUUGAGCGCGUUACCGUGGAGACGUAGCGCCUGUGGAGGCUCCGCGGCAUCCACGCACAACUCACCACACACCCCACCGAGAGCGAGAACCACAUUAUAGUGACCAUGAGGAGGUUACCCCAUGAGACUCAACCCUCCCUAGCAACCGGGCCAAUUUGGUUGCUAAGGAGUCCUGGCUGGAGUCACUCAGCACGCCCUGAAUUCAAACUCACGACUCCAGG